AUGAUUAGCUCCGCAGUGAUGGAGCCAACGGGCGUUCUCGUCGGCGACGAACUCGGCCAAAUAAAGAAGAUCGACCUCUUCAAGAAGGAAAUAAACACCUUCAACCUGUGCCCAAAGGAGCAAUUGCAUCUGUCACGUGGCGUCGUCUCCAUAUCUCCUCUCACCUUUGACUUGCUCAACCAAAACUUUCUCAUCGCCAAUAAGGCCAAUUCACUGUUUACCUACGAUGCACUCACCGAUGAGAUUCAACCAGUCGAGUACAGUGUGGAGAACAAGUCCAACCUGGUGAGCGGUCAGUGCAUUGACGACCAAAAUAUAGUGAUUGGAUUCAAAAAUGGAUCCAUCUACAAGCUCAACAUUGAAAAGGCCCUCUGCUCGGCCAAAUAUAAGCCUAACAGCAAGGCGCUGAACAUGUUAGGCAUUGAAAAUCAACUACCGCCUGAAAACACUAAAACGGAAACGAAAAAGAAAAGGAAAAAGCAAAAGACUUCAGCUGAAACGGCAGUCCAUUUGAAGGCGUCCAAGACGGCAAAUGAGUCUCUUCAAGAGACGGAAACAAAUAGCACUGUGACAAUCUGUGAGCCCAACUGGAAUGUGGAACAGACCUACUUGACGUGUUUUAAGGUGUGCAACAACAAACUGGCCACUGGUGGCUUCAACUCAGACUUGAAAGUGUACGACAUGUCUACUGGGCAGAGUAUUUUUGCCGCCAAACCGACCAACACCGACUGGCUGGGCAUCACGCAUGAUAUCUGGCUCAGUGGACUCGACUGGAUCAUCAACGACAACAUUGACCCUCACCUGAUUGCCACCUGCUCGAGAACGGACCCCUGUAUAAAGAUCUACGACAUAAAAGAGCGCCAAAAAAAGCCCAUCAUGUCGAUCAACUUGAAAUCACUAAACAACGCCAACAACGAAUCAAACCUGCCUUCGCUCACCAGCAUCUGCUCACUGCCCACACUGACCAGUACGGCUACGCCGUCGACUAGUCUGGUCGCCGGGACGACCCUCGGUCGGAUGCUCGCCUUUGACUUGCGCAUCAACACUCGUGCCUCCAAGACACUGGGCGGCUUCAAGGGCUUCGGUGGCGGAUCAAUUCGAGACAUCAAAUACGUUCGUGACAGUAAAAUUUCCAAUAAAAUCUUCUCUUGCAGCCUCGACCGAUUCGUUCGUGUGCAUACCUUCACCAAAACGACGCGCAUACUGGAGAAGAAAUUCUACAUUAAAACGAAGCCCACGUGUCUGUAUCCAAUCAUCGCCACCACCGCUGUUCCCAGCAAUGAUAGCGAAAAUGAGCAUCUAGACACGCUCGAGGAUGACGAUGAGUUUUUCUAG